GGCGCACCGUCCAUUUUGUAGAACGCUAGAGCAGCUAAGUGCGUCAGUUGUGGAGAGACAUAGACGAGUUAAGUCCUGGUCUGUGGGGAGGCAGACGGCUCCGUCGCAGACUACGGACUUCUCUUGGGUCUCAGCAGCCAAAGAUCCUGUCCGGUAGGCGCGGCCGUGGCGUCGCGAGAUUCCGGCUUCCACCCGCUGUGACGCUCCCGAGAGGCGGCGAUGCGCACGAGGCCUGUCGCCAUUGGGCUGGCCUUGCGGAGGGCGGGGCCGGCUCCGCCCGCACUUCUCGGCCUUUCCUAACUGCGGCAGAUGGGAGGGGGCCAGAAGAGCCGGGGAGAGUGUGAGGCUGCGCAGUUCCAGAGGCGGCAGUGGGCGUUGCGGUUGCUGCGUUCUGGGCCCAGGGAAGGAUCGUGUUGAGAGCCGAGUUUUAAUUUUGUCUGCAAGGGACCUGGCCUAAUAAGAGGCACUCUUGGCACUCUUGUUUAGAACGUCACCCGGAAAUAAUUAGCCGGGCGUCAUGAGUGGCUGUCGAGUAUUCAUCGGGAGGCUAAAUCCAUCGGCCAGGGAGAAAGAUGUGGAAAGAUUCUUCAAGGGCUAUGGACGAAUAAGAGAUAUCGAUCUGAAAAGAGGCUUUGGUUUUGUGGAAUUUGAGGAUCCUAGGGAUGCUGAUGAUGCUGUAUAUGAGCUUGAUGGAAAAGAACUCUGCAGUGAAAGGGUUACCAUUGAACAUGCUCGGGCUCGAUCUCGAGGUGGAAGAGGUAGAGGACGCUAUUCUGACCGUUUUAGUAGUCGCAGACCUCGAAAUGAUAGACGAAAUGCUCCACCUGUAAGAACAGAAAAUCGGCUUAUAGUUGAGAAUUUAUCUUCAAGAGUCAGCUGGCAGGACCUCAAAGAUUUUAUGAGACAAGCUGGAGAAGUAACCUUUGCAGAUGCACACCGACCUAAAUUAAAUGAAGGGGUGGUUGAGUUUGCCUCUUAUGGUGACUUAAAGAAUGCUAUUGAAAAACUUUCUGGAAAAGAAAUAAAUGGGAGAAAAAUCAAACUAAUUGAAGGCAGCAAAAGACACAGUAGGUCACGAAGCAGGUCUCGUUCCCGGAGCAGGAGUUCCUCUAGGUCUCGUAGCCGAUCCCGUUCUCGGAGUCGCAAGUCUUACAGUCGCUCUAGGAGCAGGAGUCGGAGCCGGAGCCGGAGCAAGUCCCGUUCUGUUAGUAGGUCCCCUGCACCUGAGAAGAGCCAGAAACGUGGUUCUUCAAGUAGAUCUAAGUCUCCAGCAUCUGUGGAUCGCCAGAGGUCGAGGUCCAGGUCCCGGUCCAGGUCCCGGUCCAGAUCCAGAUCCGUUGACAGUGGCAAUUAAACUGUAAAUAACUUGCCCGGGGGCCUUUUUAAAAAACAAAAACAAAUUCCCAAAGCAUACUUGCUAAAAAUUCUGGUAAGUAUGUGCUUUUUGUGGGGGUGGGAUUUGAAGGGAGGUUGGGUUGGGCUGGAUAUCUUUGUAGAUGUGGACCACCGGGGGUUGUUGAAAACUAAUUGUAUUAAAUGUCUUUUGAUAAGCCUUCUGCUCACAUUUUUGUGAAUGUCCGAAGUAUAUAGUUUGUGUAUAUUGACAGAGCUCUUUUAUAAUUAAAGCAAACUUAAUUUUUUUGUACUAGAAAAUAUUUGAAUAUUUUAGUUCUUGGUUAUUCAAAUAUGUUAAUUCAGAAUUAGUUUAAUGUGUCAAUUAAACUAAUUAAUAGCUUUGGACACUUAAAAGAGCUCUAAAUUUGCUUGUACAUCAAGGCUUAAUUUGAGUUUUCCUUGUUAGGGUUAAGGGUGUCCUCUCACCCAACCCUUUAACAGCUGCCUCAGCUGCCUGACAAGGACAUUAAAGCAGCUGUUUGUUAUUGAUAAUAAAAGAUUAUAAAACUGCUUUUGUCUGUCUGAAGGAUGUGUGCUAUU